AUGGAUGAUGAUGAUGAGGAGGAGGUGAUUGUGGGGGAGUCAGCUAUUGGAAUUUGGGGAGGAGGAGGGUCAGGAAAAACAGCCUUAGCAACCCAUAUACAUCAUGAGCUUAUUAAUAAUGACAUUAAAGUUAUUUGGGUAACUGUAUCACAAAAUAGCAUCUUGCAUUUGCAAAAAGUGAUAGCCAAAUCAAUUGAUUUGGAUAUAUCUGAUGAGUAUGAGGACGUCGUAUUUCCCAUAUCAGAUAAUCGAAUUAAAUUGAUUUUGACUACCCGUAUAAGGGAAGUGUGUCAAGGUAUGGAUUGUAAGAAGGUAAUAAAAGUGAAGCCUCUAGAUGAAGAAGAUAGUUGGGCUUUGUUUGAUGAGUUUUUGGGAUUAUUCUGUAAAGAACUGUCUUCGGAAGUGGAAAAUAUUGCACAGAAUGUGGCACAAAAAUGUGAGGGUUUUCCCCUAGCUAUUGUUAGAAUCGCGACAAGCAUGAAGUGGAAAACAGAAGCUAGAGAAUGGAGACAUAUGUUGGAAUUUCUUGAAAACUUGGGCAAUGGGCAAUAUGAAAUGGGCAAAUGUGUAUUUCCAGUUUUGAGAUCUAGCUAUGAUUUCUUAACUAACAAAUUCCAAAGAUUCUUCCUAUAUUGCAUCUUAAGUACCGAUGGAAGUUUUGAUAAUGACGAUCCUGAUCAUUUGAUAAGAAGAUUUGUCUAUGAAAGCAUUGAUGAGAGAGAGAAGUUGGGGGCGCAGUAUAACGAAGGCUGGAACAUGUUACGUAAAUUAAAGAAUCAUAGCAUGUUGGAUUAUGAUGAUGGUUAUUGGAUGACAAACAAAUUCCUUAGAGUCCUUGCCGCUGGUAUUGCGGAAGAAACUGGUAAAAUUAUGAGAAAAGCUCAUGAGAAGUUAACAGAAAUACCAAGUGAUGACCAGUGGAAAGAAGAUCUACAAAAAGUUUUUUUUGAUGUGGAAUAA